AUGUCGCAUAGAAAGUUUUCGGCUCCUCGUCAUGGGUCUAUGGGGUUCUACCCCAAGAAGAGGUCCCGUCGUCAUCGUGGAAAGGUGAAGGCGUUCCCAAAGGAUGAUUCUAGCAAGCCUGUUCAUCUAACGGCGUUUAUUGGUUACAAGGCGGGUAUGACCCACGUGGUCCGCGAACCUGACCGUCCUGGUUCAAAGAUUAACAAGAAAGAAAUUGUGGAGGCUGUAACCAUUAUUGAAACUCCACCUAUGGUUUGUGUUGGUGUUGUUGGUUAUAUCGAAACACCACAUGGACUUCGUACAUUAAUGACAUUGUGGGCAGAGCACAUGUCCGAAGACUGUCGCCGUCGCUUCUACAAGAACUGGUACAAGUGCAAAAAGAAGGCCUUUACCAAGUCGAGUAAGAAGUGGCAAGAUGAAUUGGGCCGUAAGUCUAUUGAAAAAGACUUUAAGAAAAUGGUUCGGUACUGCAGUGUAAUUAGAAUUAUUGCCCACACCCAAAUGAAACUGCUAAAGCAACGUCAAAAGAAGGCACAUAUCAUGGAAAUCCAAGUCAAUGGAGGAACCAUUGAAGACAAAGUAAAAUGGGCCCGUGAACACCUUGAAAAGCCUAUUCCCAUUGACUCUGUGUUUACUCAGGAUGAAAUGAUUGAUUGCAUCGGUGUCACCAAGGGUAAAGGGUACAAAGGUGUUACAUCUCGUUGGCAUACCAAGAAACUCCCACGCAAGACACACAAGGGUCUUCGCAAAGUGGCCUGUAUUGGAGCGUGGCAUCCUUCAAGAGUUUCAUUUACUGUAGCCCGUGCUGGUCAAAAGGGUUACCACCACCGUACAGAGAUGAACAAAAAGAUUUACAGAAUUGGCCAAGGUAUUCACACAAAGGAUGGCAAAGUUGUUAAAAACAAUGCAUCAACUGAAUAUGAUUUGUCUGAAAAAUCAAUCACUCCUAUGGGAGGUUUUCCACACUAUGGUGAAGUCAAUAAUGACUUUAUCAUGAUUAAAGGUUGCUGUAUGGGACCUAAAAAGAGGGUCAUCACUUUAAGAAAAUCCCUACGUGUUCACACCAAGAGAGCUGCUCUUGAAAAGAUCAAUCUGAAGUUCAUUGAUACCUCUUCCAAGUUUGGUCACGGUCGCUUCCAGACACCAGCUGACAAGGCUGCGUUUAUGGGUAUACUUAAGAAGGACCGCAUCCGUGAAGAAGCAGCAGCAACAACUACUGCAGCUCCUGCUCAAUCAUAG